AUGAGGAUGAUUGGUCACAUUACUAUAGACCAGGCAUGGCCAACAUAUGGCCCGCAGGCCAGAUCCGGCCCAUCUAAUGAAUUUAUGUGGCCUGAGAUCAAUCUUUCGAUAUUAGCUGCCUGUAUAUUAACUGUGUGGUCUCCAUCAGAAAAAUCUCUACAAAUGUUAACAGAAGGAAAAUUACUAAGGAUAUUUAAUUUAAUUCCUGGUACUAAGCGAAAUUGGAAAAGGCAAAUUCAGUUAAACAGCACAAAAUUAACUGAUUAUGAAGAAAUAAAAAAUAGUUCUGAUAUAAUAAAAUCUCUUUAUAUUCCCAGAAAGGUAACCAAGUUUUCAGAAAUAAACAGUAAAUCUGAUUUUCAAGAAUUUGAUGUUGUGGGUAUAGUUGUUUCAGUAGUUUCCAAUGAAAAUAGUUUACAACAGAUUGUUUAUCUGGGUGAUGAUGAAUUCUGCUUUCUUGCAAUAAAAUUUCCUAAAGGUGUUGAUGCUUUUGGUUUAGAGGAUAUGUUAUUACCUGGACAAUUUGUAGCUGCUAGCAAUCUUUCUAACAUUUGCAAAGAUGGUCAUCAAAUUUCUACUGCUAUGGCUACUGAAUUAUCAUUAUUUUCUACUUGUCCAAGAAGUCCAAUAAUGAAAGAAGCUAUGCAUCAUUUAAAGACGUCAAUACAAGAUGUUAAUAAUUUCGUAAAACAAGCACAAGAUCAACUAGCAAAUUUUCAGCUCAAUCAGCUAUUCAGUCCAGUUAUAGCACCCCCAGCAAAUAUAUCUCCUUUCAUGAAGUUUCAAAAAGACAUAUCACCCUUAAUUAAUAUAAAAAAAUCAAAUAUUCCUAUUAAACGUAAACUAUAUCCUGUAUAUAGUCCUUUGUGUUUAAAAACUCCAAUAUAUAGUCCUCCUUUGAAAAAAUCUAAAGAUGAUACAGACAACUCAUCAGCAAUUGUAGAAACAAAAUAUUCUCCGGAAGACUUAAAAUCAUCUGAAAUAAAAGCACGAAUUAGCAUCCUAUCUAAAUAUGGAUCAGCUCCUCCACUUCCUCCGCUAACCAGUCCAUCUUCAGCAAAAACAAAAAUGCCAUUCUGCCCUCCAAUAAAAAAGGAUGCUACACCAUUAGGCUCCAAGAACAGAGGAAUAAGGCAAUGGCGAGGGAAGACUUUGCCCAGUCAACACAUUAGUAAAGAACAGAAAAGUUCUUAAAAAUAUGUAACUAUUUUUGGUUUCUUUAAAGUAAACAUACAAAAAUAUAAUAUGCAUGUAAAUAUAAAAUAAUUAAGAAAGAACAUAAACAGACUUUCUUAUGUAAAUAUAUUUUUUUUAUUAUUAAUUUAAUGAAAAUAACUUUAUUUUGACACAGUGAAUGCACUUGUUAUCAAAUGUUUCAUAUUUAUAGUUUAUAUAAAAGAAGUGAAAUUAUAUAA